GUUGGACUUAUGCGAAGUGGAAGAAUGUUAGCUGAAGAUGAACCAAUUCAUCUUUUAAAUCAAUAUAAUGAAAUUAGUUUAGAAAAUGUUUUUCUUCGAUUAUGUUAUGAAGAUCAAAAUUGUAUUCGACAACAAACUACAAUGAAUAAUAUUGAUGACGAUUGCGACACCGAUGUAUCCAAUAAUAUUAACGAACAAAAUUUAGAAUCAACUUAUGUUGCUGAUACAGCUGUCGAAAGUCUUCUGAUAACAGUUAACAGAAAACAAACCUCAAGAAAAAAUUUUAUUGAUUAUUUUAAAUUUCCUCAUAUACAUAAAAUUUAUGCAUUAAUAAUGAAAGAUUUAACAUUGGUUAAACGAAAUAUUAGUUUGUUGAUAUUUCAAUUUCUAAUUCCUGUUAUUCAAAUUUCACUUUUUUGUCUUUGUAUUGGUCGUAAUGCUGAACAUAUUUCAAUGGCACUUUAUAAUGGUGAAGCAGUACAUGGAUUUCCAACAGAAAAUUUAAGUUUACAGCUUUUAAAUAAAAUAAAUCCUCAACAAAUUGACAUUACAUCAUUUAAUGGUUUUAAUAAAGCAAUGGAUCUUGUUAAACAAGGACAGUACUGGGGUGUAAUUGCUAUUCAAGAUUAUUUUACACAAGCAGUCAAAAAUAAGUUUGCAUUAGUUUUAGUUUAUAUUGAAUUUUAA